GCCGGGCCGGGCCGCACAUUCCGGGCAGGCGCACUGCGCGGCGGCGGCGCCCGGUCGGAGCCAUGGAGGCGGAGGGGCCGCAGCCGGGGCCGGUGGCGGCGGGGCCGGAGCCGGGGGCCGAGGAGAUCGACAUGUCCCUGGAUGACAUCAUAAAACGCCACCGAAAAGAGCAGACAGACGCCAGCGCCGGGGGGGACGGGCGAAGGCCGCAGGUCAAGCCCAGGAACUCGGUGUACGGGUACGGGCGGCCCCGCUUCCGUGCCUGGAUGCAGAGGAAUUUGCAAGGACCUGCCCGGUUUAGAAGAGGGUUUGGACAACAACAGUUCAACCGGAGACAAUUCAGGAAUGCUGUGCCUGGUCCCAGGAGAAGAGCAGCUGCUGCAUUGAAUGGAGUGAGCCCUUUAAAUCGCCAGGCAUCGGCUCCAGAGGGCAACACGAACAAUGACGCUUUCUCCAAGAGCAGCAGCAGCAGCGUCGUGCAGGCAGAGGGACGGCGACGGCCACCGCCAGGCCCCAGGAGGUUCAGAGCAGCCGCUGCCAGCGCCCAGGCCGCAGGGAGAAGACCUUUCCGGCUGAACAGGGCACCAGCCUUCCAGCAGAAGCGGAUGCAGCAGCAGUUUCUCAAAGCCAGAUUUCAGAGAGGGCAGAUGGAUGCUGAUGGCAACAGGAAACCACCACGGAUGAGAAGGUGGCAAGUGAAACCCAGCCCUGGAGCGGUUCUGACGGUGUCUGUGGCCAAUCCUCAGGCAGGCCAGGCUGGCCCGCCCGGACCCAAGCGCCCGUUCCUGCGCAGCCGGAGGCCGCCGCCGCGCGCAGCCAAGCCCCAGCCCAAGGGGGUGCUGCUGAGGUUCAACUUCCGCGCCAUGGCCAACCAGACCAGCCUGACGCUGGAUGAGAGGUUCUCUGGUCUGAGGAAUAAGAGGCGCUUUACAGCAGCCAGGAGCGCCAGCCGGACAGUCACCAUGCCCUAGCGCCGCUCCUCAGGGACUGCCCUCACAGUCCAGGCCCCGGAACGGGCAGCUCAAUAAAGCUCAAUAGAUUUAUUUCCUCCAAGAUAGCUACUUUGGCAACGCGCUGUCUCCUUCCUUACACGCAGGGUGAAUGAGCGAGUGAGGGCAGGUACGGGGCAGGAUGAGAGCUGGGGCCGGAGCACAGGAGCAGGGUGAUGCAUGGGGACGAGUGGAGGUCAAUUUGUUCUGCUGCGGAUCCACAGGGCUGGCACCAGCCCUGUCAGCCUGUGCUGCCCUGCAAGAGGGAGCGAGGACCAGCUCCAAGCCAUACCCAUGGAGCCUUCCCUGCAUUGUUCCAUGGGUGGGAAGGGUUGAGGACGCGGCCUGCCUAUGCUGGGCUCAGAGCAGGCAGCAGAACCCAUGCUGCAGCAGUGGCACUGGUGGGAUGCUCAGCUGCUGCAUUUUCCAGCAUCCACCUCCUUGCCCAGUUUGUUCUCUGUGCUGGAGGUGUGCUGUGUCCAUCCUGAACGCAUCCCGCUCUGCCCUGACAGUCAGGCCUGAGCGCCUUGUGUUUCUCUUUGGUUUGCUGUGCUGUUGUGACCCCUGCUGCUCCCCGGUUGCAGGGAUGGGGUGGACAUGUGGUGCUGCCAGGGGGACUGUCCUUGGCAUGGAGCACACACAGGCUGCCCCGGCCCCAGUCAGGUUUUUCAUAGCUGUGCAUUAGGGAUGUGGUAGGUGCAGCUCCGCCCGUGCUCAGAGCACCAGCACAAUCAAACCAGCAGCUGCAGGAGGGACCCAGGGCUGCCAGCACCCCAUAAAUGUGGGCUGAGAUAACCAAGUCCUGCACCAACCAUGAGUCACGGAUCCAUUCUCCAGCCACUGCUGCAACCCAGCACCAGACACUGGACACAGCCUGGCACUGGGCUCGGAGCUACACUCAUUACAGUAAAUACUUGAUAGGCUGCUUUACAUGUUACACCGGGCAUCUAACAGGAGACUGGGCUCUGCUGGUUUAUAGCAAUGUGUGAGAUGCUGUUAGUGACAACAUGGCCAUGUAUGAGUCCAAUGCACUGAAUAAAACACUAACCUGU